AUUAAAUUAGAAGUCAUAAUAUAAAUGACUAUUACCAUAAUCGAUUGGAUUCCUCCUUCAACAAUGUGAAUAUCACAUUCAUAAGUACAUUACGAGAACCAAUCUAGAACACUGAUCUUAAUAAAACUGUUCAUGACAUCCCAAGUUGCUUUGGUCGCAAAACUCUUUCAAUGGAAAAGCGACACACUACUAAAGAUAUAGAGAAGUUAGGAAACAUGUCAAUGGUAUCUCAUCAAACUAAAUAGAGUAUGAACACUUGAUACGUAAUAGAAUUGGAAUUAAACCUCAUCUAGGUUCCAUAAUUUUUGAAACUUCCUUAAGGUAUAGCAAAAAGCGUUCGAUCUCUUAAAAUUAAGAUCAAAAACCUUAAAAGGGCAUAAAAAAAGAAAGAACCAAAUUGCCUAAAGUGCUUAAGGAUGGCUAUCUUGAAAUUCAAGAAAAGAAUAUCAAUUCAUUUAUACAUUGUUUAAAAGAAGAAGGACAAGGAACGAUUAGACCAUCGUAAGUUCAUUGGAUAACUUCAUUAAAAUCAGAAAGAAAAAAGAAAAAAAAAAGAUGA